UAUAUGGGACUCGACCAACUGUUACGUACAAGCGUCAGCUGGACAACAAAGCUGGAGGCAACGAAAUGAGACUGGUGCUUGAACCUUAAGAUUUUUUUUUAUAUUUUAUAUUUCAAAGUGUCUAAGUGCACUAGGUCUAACUGAUUAAUGCGAUGUCCUUUCAGAAAGUGGGUCUGUCGUUAGGUCGUGCGUUGUGGAACAACGUUAAUGCCGGUCGAACGGCUGCGAAGAGCUCCACACAAUUUAAUGAAUUUUCCAACAAAAGUGAUGAGGUAAAAAGCCCAACCGGGCAAUGCACGAAUAAAGGCUUCGGGGCUGUCACACAAACAACGAACCAGGGACCGUUGACCAGCAGCGCGCCUUCACUCCCCGAGAAACAACAUGAAGUUGGUAAGAAGAGGCGAUUUGAUGGAUCCUCUCGUGGUCCUGCUGGGCGGCCGUACUCCCUUACCGCCGGGAAAGUGGACCAGAAAGCUCACCUGUGGGCUCGGUACAACGACACUAAACGACUUGUUCACGAACUGAUUCCCCCUGGAGCCUGUAGCAUCCUCAACCCCUCCGCCAUCUACGCCAACAACGAGGUCAGCCUGGAGGAGGUGGACAUCUACGGCUUUGACUAUGACUACACACUGGCCCUCUACUCUAACAACCUGGACACCAUGAUCUAUGAUACCGCCCGGGACUUUCUCAUUGAGCACUUCAAGUACCCGGAAGGUAUCCACAAAUACGACUAUGUUCCGAACUUUGCAGCCAGAGGACUUCACUACGAUAUACAGAAGGGUCUUCUGAUGAAAAUCGAUGCAUUCCAUUACAUUGAGCCUGGUACUGUGUAUCGGGGCCUGAAGCCAGUGCCAGAUGAGGAGGUGGUGGAGCUGUAUGGGGGAACUCACCACGUUCCUCUCAACCAGGACAGUGGCUUCUAUGGCAAGGGGCCGAAGAUGAAGCAGUUCAUGGACGUCUUCUCCCUCCCAGAGAUGACUCUUUUGGCCGUGGCCAAUGAUUACUUUAUCUCCAACGACAUUGAAUAUGAUCCUGUUCACCUCUACAAAGACGUCUCGGAGGCUAUAGGCAUGGUCCACCUUAAAGGCUUCAUGUAUAAAUGGAUCACGCAAGAUCUUGAGAAGUUCAUCCUCAGUGGGGAACCGACCCGCGCUGUGCUGCAGCGACUGGUCAGCCAAGGGAAGAAGCUGUUUCUCAUCACCAACAGCCCCUUCAGCUUUGUGGAUAAAGGCAUGGUUUACAUGGUGGGGCAAAACUGGAGGGAAUUCUUCGAUGCCAUCAUUGUGCAGGCGGACAAACCCCAUUUCUUCAAUGACUGUUUUAAACCUUUCAGACGCUUGGAUAGCAACGGCGACCUUCAGUGGGACAAGAUCACCAGCCUGGAAAAGGGACAGAUUUACAAACAGGGGAACCUGUUUGAAUUCCUAAGACUGACUGGCUGGAGAGGAUCCAAAGUUCUUUACUUUGGCGACCAUCUUUACAGUGAUUUGGCUGACCUGAUGCUGCAACAUGGUUGGCGCACGGGGGCCAUUGUGCCCGAGCUGAUCCAUGAAACCAAAGUGGUGAACACCAAACAGUAUGCCCUGGGUCUCACCUGGCUGCAGGCUCUGACAGGCCUAUUGGAGCGCAUGCAGAUACACCGGGACCCGGAGUCACAAAAGGUUUUACAGGAAUGGAUGAAAGAGAGGGAGGAGUUAAGGGCGGUCACCAAGAACCUGUUCAACCCACAGUUUGGCAGCAUCUUCAGAACCUCCCACAACCCCACCUACUUCUCCAGGCGCCUGUGCCGAUUCUCCGACGUCUACAUGGCCUCCAUCAGCUGUCUCCUCAACUAUGACCUCUCGUACACCUUCUACCCCCGCCGUACCCCCCUGCAGCACGAGGCCCCCCUGUGGAUGGACCAGCUCUGCACGGGCUGCAUGAAGACCCCUUUCUUGGAGGAGAUGGCUCUGAUUCGCUGAGCAGUUUGUCUAUGACUUUUAAAGACAUGCCCUCCUUCUAUCCCCCUGGUUAAUUACGCAAUUAUGCCAGACUUCUCGCUGUAGUCACUAGAGGGCACUGUAGACCUAGUUUGAAGGGAGCCCCAAGCUGUUGGGGAAAAAAGAUUCUCUAAUUUUAAUUUAUAAGUGGUUCAUCGUGCUUUAGCUAUUUGUAAUGCCUGUCGUGAAAUCGGUGAGAGGAAAAUACGAUGUUAUUUGUUCGUGUAAGUCUUGUUUUUUAAUAAAU